AUGAACCUAGAGGAAUAAGAAACUAGAAAGAAAUGGCUCUUAUAUCUUAACGAACAUAUAAUGAGCUACUGCUAGUCAAUAAUGACUAUGAUCUAUAACAAGCAUCCUGAUUUAGAUGCAAUAGAUACUACUUUCUAUCCAACUAAUAGCGAUGGAACAAAGAACAUGGCUGAGUCCUUUGAUUUAUCUUAUGGAGAUCCGUUUGAUCUUAAUAAUCCGUGGAAAAACCCUUUAGAGAAAGAAGUUGUAGAGAUCUUGGGUAAAUUGCUUGGAUUUUAGGAUAUGUCAGGCUAUGUGACUGCAAGUGAAUGUGAAGCAAAUUUUUCCUGCAUAUGGUGGUGCAAGCUUUUCUUGCUCGAGAAAUCUAACUAUAAGAUUAAAGAAUUAAUUGAGAGUAUUGAAGCUGCCAAAUAAGAUAUCAAGAAUUUAAGAAGAGACGAAGAAUUUUAGCUUAGGAACUUAAAGAAUUAAGAGAUCUAUGAAUUGUCAAAGCAGCUUAAAAAUAUCUAAUAGCCAAUAUUGAUUUGCUCACGACCUCCAUAUACUGAUAUUUCAAUAAUUAAAGCUGCCUAAGUUAUGCACCUCAAGACUUGCUACGUGAAAGUUAAUGAGGAUGGAUCGAUGAAUACCUAAUCUUUAAGAGUCUUAUUAAAUGAAUUCAGCAAGGAUUAAGCUUUCAACUUCAUCAUUAGUUUAAAUCUAGGAACUUAAAUAGGAGGUUCUUUUGACGAUUUACUAACUAUUCGCAAAGUUAUUUAAGAAGUCUAAUAGGAAUUCUUCUUUUAAUAAAAAGAUGGCUAGUAUCAGUUUAAUAACUAUGGUGAAGAUUAGAGAAAAUAAAUCAAUAAUUGGAAUUUUGUAUUUCAUGGGGAUGCCUUACUUUAUGGACCCACACUAACAAUUCUAAAGCAAUACGGAGAUUAAAUUAAAAGCUUAAGAGAAGAAGGUUUAGAUACUAUGUCAAUUUCUUUGUGGAAAUUUUUAGGAUGCUAAAUACCAGCUGCAGUUUCCUUAACAUACAAAGAUUUUACAGAUUUUGCAUUCCAGGGUGAUAACUUUAUUGAGUAUGUUUCAACAUCAGAUAAAGUUGCCUUUACUGGGACAAGAUCAGGCCUCACUUCAAUGUGUGCUGUGCAUCUAUUAAAAACUUUGAAAAUUGAUAAAAAUCAAGAAAUUUUAAGAAAACUUAUUCAAUAUGACAUGAGUCUUGCAGAUUACCUUUGCUAGAGAUUACUGCAAAUAUUUUCUUAAGAUUAAAUAUAGAGACGAUACUUGCAUUCAGUAAUAUUCCAUAACGUGAAUAAAGAACUAAUAGAUGAGUUUAUUGAAGAACUCUUAAAUCAUUUUAAAAAUAGUAAUGAAAAUACUAGCAGAAUUUGA